CUUAUGUUCAGAUCUACUUGUGAAAUCCAGGCCGUUGAGGGAGCUUCGGCGAAUCAAGAGAAAUCUAGCGAGGUAGCUGCGAACAGGCUGUCUACAUCGAUUCAAUUCGGUGCGUUACCAAAAGGGUAGCUACAACCGCCGUAAUCAGAACCCGAACUCAGAUGCCGUCCGCCAACACAAAGGGUCUGCAAUGGAAGCGUCUGACAGAUCUUGUUGAAUUCUAAGGUGUAGAGACUGUAUACCAAGCCCAUUUCGUCGAUGAUGAAGAGGUGGACAGUGAUGAAGAGCCAUCCACACCACCAAGGCAGGGGCCUAGCUAAUAGAGAUUGACGAGCACCAAAUAGGUAUUCACCCUCUAAUUUCUAUUUGUUGCUUACUUACAGUGGUGAACCUGAGUGUUAUGCGGAGGAAAUUCAGGUUGAUGAUAAGAGCAAGUGGAAACUUGCAAUGGAUGAUGAGAUGGCGUCUCUCAUAUCAAAUGGUACUUGGAAGUUAGUUGAGCUUCCAAGAGGAAAGAAGGCUUUACACUGCAAGUGGGUCUAUCGUAUCAAGAAUGAGGCAGAUGGUAUCAAACACUACAAGGAUAUACUGGUUGUGAAGGGAUUCGAGCAACGUUAUGGUAUCGAUUACACUGAUAUAUUCUCUCCUGUUGUGAAACUAACUACUAUUCGAUUAUUGUUGAGUAUAGUUGUUGCAGAAAGGUUGUUGCAUCAGAUGGAUGUAAAGACGGUGUUCCUUCACGAUGACUUGAAUGAUGAGAUAUACAUGGUGCAACCACAGGGUUAUGUGGUAAAAGGUAGUGAAAAUCUUGUGUGUGUAAGCUAGAGAAGAGCUUGUGCGGGUUGGAGCAAGCACUGAAGCAGUGGUACAAGAAAUUUGAUGGUUUCAUGCGCGAAAUAAAUUUCUUGAGAUGCCACACCGAUAAUUGUUGCUACUACAAAAGGACUGACAAUUGUUAUCUUAUCUUGCUGUUAUAUGUUGAUGAUAUGUUAAUUGCAGGAGCUAUAUCAAAGGAGAUUGAGAAGUUAAAGAAUCAGUUGUCAGAACAUUUUCCAUGAAAGAUCUUGGAGAGGCGAAACAGAUUUUGGGCAUGUGAAUCGAGAGAUGAGGCAGCGGGCAAACUGUUUCUUUCACAAGCCGAAUACAUUCAGAAAGUCUUGGAAAGAUUCAGAAUGCAAGAUGCAAAGCCAGAAAAUGUACCAUUGGGUAGUCACUUCAAGCUUAGCAAAGAAGACUCGCCAAAGAACAACGAGGAGCGCGUUCAAAUGCAGAAUAUCACAUACGCCUCGACAAUUGGUAUUAUUAUGUAUGCUAUGGUGUGUACGAGGCCAAACAUUGCACAUGCGGUGGGAGUAGUGAGCAGAUUUAUGGGAGAUCCAGGGAAACGACAUUGGGAAGCUGUGAAAUUGAUCUUGAGGUAUUUGAAAGGUACUGCUUCUAAUGCCUUGUGUUUUGAUGGAAAGAAUGUCGAGCUGCUAGGUCAUGUUGAUGCUGACUUGGCAUCAAAUUACUCGGAUGGAUCAAGGAGCACGACCGUCUAUGUUUUUACAUUUGGAGGUACAACGAUCUCUAGGAUUUCGCAGUUGCAAAAGGUUGUCGCAUUAUCUACCACUGAAGGUGAAUAUGUGGCAAUAACUGAGGCAAGCAAAGAGAUGGAGUGGCUUCAGAAUUUACUUGGGGAACUUGGAAAGGAGUACAAGAAUGGCAUAGUUUACCGUGACAGUCAGAGUGUUACCUUUUUGGCAAACAACUCAGCAUUUCAUAAGAGAACCAAACACAUUCGGUUGAAGUAUCACUACAUCCGUCAUCUUUUGGAGAUGGAGACAUUGCAACUUGUGAAGAUUCGUGGGAGUGAGAAUCCAGCAAACAUGUUUACUAAGGUUGUAACCUUAGAGAAAUUGAAGCUUUGCAUAGCUUCAAUUGGCCUUGGUACUUGAAGUUGAAGCCCUGACGCUACCACGCUAAGAUGGGAAGAAUUGAAGAAGAGAAGGUUACGUGAGAAGUCAGUCUCAAGGUGGGAGAUUGUAAGGUGUAGAGACUGUAUACCAUGCCCAUUAUAAGGUGUAUAAAUUUUUUGAGUCUUUUAUAUUAUGGGCCCGCGAGUUUUCCUAUUGGGGUUAGGGUUAUAUUCUCUUUAAAUACCCGCCCUCUCAUUGUAAUCAUCAUCAGAAAAUAAUAGCAACAUCCUGGCUUGAUAGCGUCCCCAAUCGUAGUCAUUCUUGACGAACUGUGUUACAAAAUUCUUGUGUUUUCUUAUUGCUUUUCGUAUUUUGUGAUUGUUAUAUCCUAAAAAAUGCAAUGACGGUGGUUGUGACAGAGGCGACUGAGCGACACCCACCCGCCCUCUGCAAAGUGGCCUCCCCACUGCGGGCUUGCGUCCAGCCGGUGUCUCAGGGUUGGUGCUGGUGGGCAGCGGAAUGCAACUAGGCUGUGAGACCGUCGGGUUGAUUUCUGCUAUGCCGGGAAACAUCUGGCUAAUUGGCUCGUAAGGGGUCGGAGUCAAGAGGAGGAAGAAGGAAAAAUUCAAAACUCAAAAGCGCCUCACUAUUGCUGCCGGAUCUGCCACCCUUACAAUUUUUUUCUUCCAUGACAAUAUCGGCCGCCGCUGUCGCCGAUGAGCGUGCCGGCCCAUAGAGGAGGAGAUACUAAAAGAAAAUAAGCCGGAGAAGGAAACUAAGCAAAAAGCAAACCAAAAAAUUGAUUAGAAUUUGGAAUAAGCACAAGCUUCACACCGCAGACAUGGAGCAAAACCCAAGCAUGCUGCCGAGCAAGGAGAAGAAGGGACUAGAAGAAAGAGGAGCAUAGCAAGUUGAGGAGAAAAACAUGACAGGCGCGCGGCUCGAGCCUGCCGCUACCGCUGCGCUCGCCUUAUCUCAUUACCUUUCUGUGCUGUGUGCGUUGUUCGGCAAAGCUUUGGCUGAAGUGCGUGGCUGAGUUUGUCUGCAAGAGGGAGUUAAGAGAAAGGGGCAGCGUGCAGGGUAUUUAGUUCACAGGGGCAAAUUUGGAACGGAC